CAGUCCGCGCCCCGACGCAGCCGCGGCGUCUCGCCUCCCAGCUCCAGCGCCGGCCCGGGCCAGGAUCGGGACCCAGAGCUGCUGCAGGGGCGGCGCAGGCAGCAGGGCUCCCCGCUGUCCCUUUCCCCGCGCAGCUCCGCCAGCGCCGGGGGUCCCGGGCACACCUGCAGACUCCGCGGGGCGCACCUGCAGACUCCCGAGCCGGUGCACCUGCCGCCCCUCCCCGAGCCGGUGCGGGCACCCGAGCGAGCCAUGGCCAACGCGGGGCUGCAGCUGCUGGGCUUCAUCCUGGGCUUCCUGGGCUGGAUCGGCUCCAUCGUCAGCACGGCGCUGCCCCAGUGGAGGAUUUACUCCUACGCUGGGGACAACAUCGUGACGGCCCAGGCCAUGUACGAGGGGCUGUGGAUGUCCUGUGUGUCGCAGAGCACCGGGCAGAUCCAGUGCAAAGUCUUCGAUUCCUUGCUGAAUCUGAACAGUACUCUGCAAGCAACCCGUGCCUUGAUGAUAAUUGGCAUCCUGCUGGGACUGAUAGCCAUCUUUGUGGCCACUGUUGGCAUGAAGUGUAUGAAGUGCUUAGAAGAUGACGAGGUGCAGAAGAUGCGGAUGGCUGUCAUUGGGGGUGUGAUCUUUCUUAUUUCAGGUCUGGCUAUUUUAAUUGCCACAGCAUGGUAUGGCAAUAGAAUUGUUCAAGAAUUCUAUGACCCCAGCACCCCGGUCAAUGCCAGGUAUGAAUUUGGUCAGGCUCUCUUCACUGGCUGGGCUGCUGCUUCUCUCUGCCUUCUGGGAGGUGCCCUACUUUGCUGCUCCUGUCCCCGGAAAACAACAUCUUACCCAACACCAAGGCCUUAUCCAAAACCUGCACCUUCCGGUGGGAAAGACUACGUGUGACACAGAAGCAAACAGAGACAACCUGGUUGGAACAAUCAGAAAACGGACAUUGAAAUACUGUCAUUGACAUUAAGAUCUUAGGCUUUUGACUGUUGUAGUCUGAACGGUGGUAUUACCAAAAAAACAUAUUUUGUUAAAUCCGUUGCUAAAAAGGAGUUAGUCUUAUCUCCUUUCCUCGAUACAGGAGGGAAGCCUUUUCCAUUUGUAUUACUGCUUCCCACUGAGUAAUCAUCUCAAAUGUGGGGAGAGGGCAUUCCUCAAAUAUAUAUAGAUAUGUACAUAUACAUGUUUGUCUAUAAAAAAUUAGGUAGUAAAAACUCUUAUUCUCACUGUGUUGGUACCAGCAUUCUUAAAAUAUAUCUAAAAAAAGAAAAAUAUAUUUAAUUCUAUAUUGAUGAAAUAAGUAUAUUUGGUAUUUUUUUCUUCUUUCUUUAUGUACACAUAUGUAAUAGGUCAAAUAUCAUUUACCCUCCUUCAUCAGCUUUUAACGUCUUUCACAGAAGAUCUGACCUACUUUACCAAGUAUGAAUUAUUUCAGUUCUUCACAUGUGCCCUUUUCAUGCUUGUGUCAUAUUUUUUUUUUUACUGUGAUCUUAUAGCCCUUGCCUUAUCACUCAGUCCUUCUUUGUGCCUUUGUUUUUUGUGAGGUUGGGCUUAAUGUUUGAAUCUGAUCACACAUCUUAUAUGCCUACAAUUUAAUUCCUAAAGUCAAUAAGAAUCUGUUACAGACCAGAGCUUUGGGAGCAGAUCUUAUUGUGUGACCAGGUGGUGUAUUCCUGUUGGCCUUCCCAUAUGUUUCCUGUACUCUGACCUCUACCACACUUGUUUGCUUUGAAAAUAUUUGUCCCAUUGAGGAGCUGUGUGCCACUUCCCCAAGUGUUGCAACACAAUUCUAUUGAUUGAAUUUUUUGAGCUACUUAUUCACAGUUGUAUAUCCUCCCAAACUACCUUUUUCUUGUCCCCUUCCUCACCUGUGUUGAUUUCUCAUACAGUUUACCUCUUCCCAGAGAGGCAUGGCCUUUUUGUCUGUGAAGUGCUAGACUAUCUGCAAUAAUAACCUGGUGACAAAUAUUCUCUCUGUAGCUCUAAGCAAGUCACUUAUUAUUUCUCCUCUUUUCCCAUCUGUCAGCUUGAGAUAAUGAUAUUUAACCAGCUGGUUAGAGUGGUGUAAGUAUUAAUUAGUUGAUACUAUGCUCAUUCGAUGAACAUGAAAUAUGCCUACGUUAUGUUUCUAUUUCCUAAAUUGGCUGUUAAGAAGUCAUUGAACCAAACCUACACACAGGCAUCCCAUUGUUCAGCACUUUCCUUUCUCCACAGACCCUUUUCCUUCCUUUCAGCUGUGGCCACCAUGUUGUGGGCACUGUGUUCCAUUUUAACAAUUGCUCUUAGUUUUCUAGUCUGUGGAAAAUGCUCCUUCACUUGAGCAAGAUGAUAGAAUGGAAAGAGUGUUGACUUCAGUGUCUGGAGAUCUGAUUGGAGUCUUGGUGCUAUCAAUUACAGUGUGAGUUUGGGCAGGGCCCUUGGUUGCCCUAGAUUUAUUGCUUCAUUUAUAAAAAGAGGAUUGUAAUUGCGGACCUGCCUACCUCACAGGGCUGUUGUGGGGAUCCAGUGAGAUGGGAUACAUGUAAAUGUGAUUUUGUGAGGUAAAGAGUAUUGUACUAGGAGAAAGAAUUAAGGAAUUUAAGUGCGUAGGUUUUGGAUUACUUUUCAAAUGACUGAAAAGAGAGAUUUUAAGAAAUAGGUUUCUUGCCUUAACCAACUUCUCAAGUGAUGAGAUACUAAAGUGAAUUUCAGCUUACUAAGUGAAAAGGAUUCUAAGGAAGUCUUAGUUUUCUUCAGUUAGUAUGGCCUGAUGCUUUUUGUGGCUAAGCUUUUCUUCUUUCAGGAAUCCAGACUUGACCUAGGACAAGUUUGCAGAUGUAAUGGGUAAAACAGAAGUAUAAAUGUUGGCAAACCAAAGAAUGGGAGAUUUUUUGAAUUUUAAUAAUGUGCAAGGGUAUGCAAGGUGAAUCUGUUAUGUGACGUCAUCAGAGGUGUUGCUAUUAGCUGGCAGCUAACACUGCUAGGAUCGGUAAUUUGGAACGUAAAUCAUAGUGAAACCACAUAGGGGAAGUUAUCCAAAGGACUGCAUCAUAGUAUUUGAACCUAGUAAAUUUUAGUGUGUCUUCCAAACCUGAAAGUCUGUGCUCCUACAAUGUGUAAUUCAAAGAAUGUCUGCGGCCUACAUAGAUUCUAUUGAUGGGCAAGUAUAAAUACAUGUGGUUACUAGUUAAACUCUGAAAAGAAAUCUGUAGUCCAAAAUGGCCAAGAGAAUUGUUGUACCAGAAUUUGUCCAAUUUUGAUAUUUUUGUACUCUGCUACCAUACCUGGAAACAGACAAAUAGAUAUUUUAGGGUUUUGUAAUGGGAAUUUGUAUGAAGCAUUAUUCUUUUUCAAUAAAUUUUUUUUAAUAUAAAAUAAAUCCUUGGAUUG